CCCGCGCCGCGCCGCGCCGCUCGCCAUGGGCGAUGUGCUCUCCACGCACCUGGACGAGGGGCGCCGCCAGCACGUGGCAGAGCGGACGGGGAAGGUGCUGGAGGAGUUCUGCCGGUGCUACAGGGAGCAGUACGGAGUAGCGCUCUUCAACAGCGUCCGCUAUGAAAUCGAGGGCGGCGGCGGGCCGCAGGCGCAGCUGCUGCACCGCAAGGUUCCGCUGGAGGACCAUGUCAUCUACUCGGGCAACCUCUUCCAAUACAUUGAGGAGAACAAGAAGUGGAGGAACCGUUUCUGUGUGGUCCCGCACAACUACGGCUUGGUGCUCUACGAGAACAAGCUGGCCUAUGAGCGAGUGCUGCAGCCCCGUGUGCUGGUGAACAGCGCCGGCUACAAGAUCCUCACCUCCCUCGACCAGUACCUGGAGCUGGUUAAUGGCAGCCUGCCGGGAGCCACCCCCAAGUCUGGGAACACCCCCAUCCUAAAGUGUCCCACCCAGUUCCCCCUCAUCCUCUGGCACCCCUAUGCCCGGCACUACUACUUCUGUGUGAUGACGGGCAAGGAGCAGGACAAGUGGCGGGCCGUCUUCCAGGACUGCGUGCGGCACUGCAACAACGGGAUCCCUGAGGACUCCAAAGUGGAGGCCCCUGCCUUCACGGACGCAGUGCGCAUGUACCGCCAGUCGAAGGAGCAGUACGGCACGUGGGACAUGCUGUGUGGCAACGAAACCCAGAUCCUGAGCAACCUGGUGAUGGAGGAGCUGGUCCCCGAGCUGAAGAGCACCAUUGGUCCGAGGCUGAAGGGCAAGACACAGGAGCGGCAGAGGGCCUGGAUCCAGAUCUCAGACGCCGUCUACAGGAUGGUCUAUGACCAGACAAAGACCCAGUACGAUGCAAUUCUCACCAAAUGUGAACUGGAACGUCCCCAGAUGGAGAGCASCAUCCGUACAGAUAUGGACCAGAUCAUCACUUCAAAGGAGCACUUGGCAAGCAAAAUCCGAGCAUUCGUGCUCCCCAAAGCGGAGAUCUGUGUCCGUAACCACGUCCAGCCCUACAUCUCCUCCAUCCUGGAGGCUCUGAUGACCCCCACAAGCCAGGGCUUUGCCGAGGUGCGGGAGGUGUUCUUCAAGGAGGUCACAGACAUGAACAUGAACAUCCUCAACGAAGGCGGCCUGGAGAAGCUGGUAGAGUACAUGGAGAAGCUUUCGCAAUUGGCCUUCCACCCUGUCAAGAUGCAGUCAUGCUAUGAGAAGAUGGACCAGCUGAAACUAGAGGGUCUUCAGCAACGAUUUGAUGUCUCCAGCACAUCUGUCUUCAAGCAGAGGGCACAGAUUCUCAUGAGACAGCAAAUGGACGAUGCCGUGCACACAUUCGAGACCCUCCUCCACCAGGAGCUGGGAAAGCUUCAGGGCAAAGAUGACUUGUGCAAGUCAAUCCAGCGCAUCCUCGAGCGAGUGCUCAAGAAAUACGACUACGACAGCAGCACUGUGCGGAAGAAGUUCUUCAGGGAAGCCCUGCUGCAGAUCACCAUCCCCUUCCUGCUGAAAAAGCUGGCACCCACCUGCAAGGGGGAGUUAACCAAGUUCCAAGAGCUAAUCUUCGAGGACUUCGCCAGCUUCAUCCUCGUGGAGAACACUUACGAGGAGGUCGUGCUGCAGUCGGUCAUGAAAGACAUCAUGCAAGCUGUGAAGGAGGCGGCCGUGCAGAGGAAGCACAACCUGUACCGCGACAGCAUGGUGAUGCACAACAGCGAUCCCAACCUGCACCUGCUCGGCGAGGGUGUCCCCAUCGACUGGGGAGAGGAGUACGGCGGGCAGCCCGACGCCGAGCCCACCUCCGACAAGCGCCGCCGGGCCAAGCAGGUGGUGUCGGUCAUCCAGGACGACGAGGGAGCCCUGCCUUACGAAGCAGGCAGYGAGGCGCUGACGCAGCACGAGGAACGCGAGCCGCAGGAUCCGGAGCCUCCGGCAGCCUCAGGAUCGCCUGGGAGCGUGCAGGAGAUCCGGGAAAUGCUGCGGAAGGAGGUUCUCGAGGAAGCCGUGGGCCCUGCCGGGGCGGCGGCAGAGGAGCAGCUAACGAACGGUACCGUCACCACCCAGGAGGACGGUGCCACCGAGGGAGGGCUGCAAGAAGCCGCUUGUGCAGUAGGCUCUGCCCCGUGCGACACCGUCCCCCAGGGCCCGGCCAGCACGGGGACCCUYGCCGAGCCCCGGUCCCUGGCGGCAGAGCAGCAGAUCAGCGCGGAGAGCCCCAAACCCAGCGACCAGGAGACGGGGGAGGAGGAGUCCGCGGCGGGCGGCGCGGAGCUGCCGGGGCGCGCGGAGCCCGCACAGACUGGGUUCUAG